ACGCAGGACCGACACGGAACCAGAACCGAAACCGGCAGGACUCUUCAGGCGGUGUCAGGAAGACAUGAUGUGUUUUUCAAGAUGCAUUUGUUGAUGUUUUAUCGUCCUUCAACCACGCCCCCUGCGGGAUUCACGCGGCACGAGGAGACGAACGAAUAGAAAGUAAUAUUUAAUAUUUAUUUUUAUUUUUUAUUUUUUAUUUUUUAUUUUAGUUUGACUUGUAGUUUUAUUUGAAGUUCCAGUCGGGAUGUGGACGCUGUCCGUGGUCCUGAAGCCUCUUCUGGUUCUGCUGCUGUUUGGGUGCUGGCCGUCUGUGACCAUCAGGCCAAAGGAGGGUUGGCAGGUGUACAGCUCAGCUCAGGAUGCAGACGGCCGCUGCAUGUGCACGGUGGUGGCGCCGGGACAGAGUCUGUGCUCCAGAGACGCCAAAGGACGACAACUACGCCAGCUCCUGGAGAAGGUCCAGAACAUGUCGCAGUCCAUCCAGGUCUUGAACCUGCGCACUCAGAGAGACUUCCAGUACAUCAUGAGGCUGGAGAGUCAGAUCAAAGGUCUGCGCUCCAAGUUCAGACAAAUAGACUCUGAUCGGAAGACGCUGGCAAACAAAAACUUCCAGGAGCUGAAGGACAAGAUGGACUCCCUCCAGCCGCUGAUCCCCGUGUUGGAGCAGUACAAGACGGACGCCAGGCUCAUCUCCCAGUUCAAAGACGAGAUUCGGAAUCUGUCCGGCGUGUUGCUGGCGGUCCAGGAGGAGAUGGGAACGUACGACUACGAGGAGCUGCACCAGAAGGUCCUCAGCUUGGAGACUCGUCUGCGGAACUGUAUGAGUAAACUCACGUGUGGCAAGCUAAUGAAGAUCACCGGCCCGCUGACGGUGAAGACGUCUGGGACCAGGUUUGGGGCGUGGAUGACCGACCCGCAGGCGUCUUUCAAAGACCGCGAGGUGUGGUACAUGGACGGCUACACCAACAACAAGAUCGUCAAAGAGUACAAAUCCAUGGCCGACUUCAUCUCGGGGGCGGAGUCCAGGACCUACACCUUGCCUUUCAAAUGGGCCGGGACCAACCACGUGGUGUACAACGGCUCUCUGUACUACAACAAGAUGCAAAGCAACAUCCUGGUGCGCUACAGCUUGGAGACGGGCCGCGUGGUCACGCAGCGGGCGCUGGAGUCGGCCGGCUUCCACAACGUGUACCCGUACACGUGGGGGGGCUUCUCCGACAUCGACCUCAUGGCGGACGAGCUGGGCCUCUGGGCGGUGUACGCCACCAACCAGAACGCCGGCAACAUUGUGGUGAGCCGGCUCAACCCGGACACGCUGCAGGUGCUCAGCACGUGGAACACGGAGUACUCCAAGCGCAACGCCGGCGAGGCCUUCAUGAUCUGCGGGACGCUCUACAUCACCAACUCCCACCUGACGGGCGCAAAGGUGUACUACGCGUACUCCACCAAGACGUCCAGCUACGAGUACACCGACAUUCCCUUCCACAAUCAGUACUUCCACAUGUCCAUGCUGGACUACAACGCCAGAGAACGAGCGCUCUACGGAUGGAACAACGGACACCAGGUCCUCUUCAAUGUGACGCUCUUUCACGUCAUCAAGACAGAAGAUGACGCCUGAGAGUGUAAGUUGUUUAUUUCCUUUCUACUUUGCUGACAUUCAGCUAGCAGUUAGUUUCCUUUCAUUAACAGCUGGGAUAGGCUUCAGCCCCCCCGCAACCUCGAAAGGGACAAGCGGUUCAAAAUGAAUGGACAGAUACAUACAUACAUACAU